AUGCAUGCCAGAAACCCCCAUUCUCCUUUUCAAAGACUACAUAUGAUGGAUUGCGAUCUUUCAGCUCAGCAGGACACAGGGACCAUGCAAGCUGUAAUUGGUCAGGAUCCAAUGAUAGCUGGACAAGUCAGUAAGCCCUUGCUGUCACUGCGGAGUGAAAUGAAUGCAGAGUUGAGAGGUGAGGACAAGGCAGCUACUUCAGACAACGAGCUGAAUGAGCCCUUGCUUGCGCCUGUGGAAUCAAAUGACAGCGAGGACACUCCCAGCAAGCUCUUCGAGGCCAGAGGAAACACAGUGCUGCCUGAUACAAGCCCAGCAGACCAGCACCAACCCAGUCAGUCCCAUCCUGCAUUCCCUGUUGGGCCUCAGCCACUACUGACAGCCCAACAGUUAGCCUCAGCAGUAGCAGGGGUGAUGCCAGGAGGCACUCCAGCCCUGAAUCAGCCAAUCCUUAUUCCUUUCAACAUGGCUGGGCAGCUGGGGGGCCAACAAGGACUCGUCCUGACUCUACCUACAGCAAAUCUCACCAACAUCCAAGGACUGGUAGCAGCAGCUGCAGCAGGAGGCAUCAUGACUUUGCCAUUGCAAAAUCUACAAGCUACCUCAUCCCUGAACUCCCAGCUUCAACAGCUUCAGCAUCUUCAGCAGCUCCAGCAUCAACAGCAGCAGCAGCAGCAGCAAAGCCAGCAGCAGCAGCAAGCUCAGCAGGCACAGACUCCACAGCCAACCCAGCAGAGCCAGCAAUCACAGCCACAGCCAUCAGCACCACCUCAGCAGAACCAAACACAGCCCCAGAGCCAGAGCCAGCCACCUCCAGCCUCACAGUCCUCCAGCUCCCCUCAGAAACCCAGCCAGUCACCAGGGCAUGGCCUUCCAUCUCCUCUUACUUCACCAAAUCCAUUGCAGCUGGUUAAUAAUCCACUAGCAAGUCAAGCAGCAGCAGCUGCAGCAGCAGCAGCCAUGGGCUCCAUAGCAAACUCCCAGGCCUUUGGAAACGCCCUCUCCAGUCUUCAGGGGGUCACAGGCCAGCUCGUCACUAAUGCACAAGGACAGAUUAUUGGAACAAUCCCACUGAUGCCUAAUCCAGUCCCGUCCAGCCAGGCGGCAGGUGGAGCUCAGGGACUUCAGGUGCAGCCGAUAACUCCACAGUUAUUGACCAAUGCCCAGGGUCAGAUCAUCGCCACUGUCAUCGGCAACCAGAUACUGCCAGUGAUCAAUACCCAGGGAAUAACACUAUCGCCGCUCAAACCAGGCCAGCAGCUCCAUCAGCCUUCCCAGACGCAAGUGGGACAAGCAGCUUCACAAUCCAAUCUCCUGCAUUUGGCUCACAGUCAAGCAUCUAUGUCUCAAAGCCCAGUGCGUCAGGCUUCCUCUUCUUCCUCCUCAUCCUCCUCCUCUUCAGCUUUGAGUGUUGGCCAGUUAGUCAGCAAUCCUCAGACAGCCACUGGAGAAGUGGAUGGGGUAAAUCUGGAAGAAAUAAGAGAAUUUGCCAAAGCUUUUAAAAUCCGGCGCCUGUCCCUUGGCCUGACACAGACUCAAGUUGGCCAAGCCCUGAGCGCCACCGAAGGCCCAGCCUAUAGCCAGUCUGCCAUCUGCAGACACACCAUCCUGAGAAGCCACUUUUUCCUACCACAGGAAGCCCAAGAGAACACUAUAGCUAGCAGUCUGACAGCCAAACUGAACCCUGGCCUUUUGUAUCCUGCCAGGUUUGAAAAGCUGGACAUCACCCCUAAAAGUGCCCAGAAGAUAAAGCCGGUGCUUGAGCGGUGGAUGGCUGAGGCUGAGGCCCGCCAUCGAGCAGGGAUGCAGAACCUUACCGAGUUUAUUGGGAGCGAACCAUCCAAAAAGCGCAAGCGGCGUACCUCAUUCACGCCACAAGCCCUUGAAAUCUUGAAUGCCCACUUUGAGAAGAACACGCACCCCUCUGGGCAGGAAAUGACAGAGAUUGCAGAGAAACUGAACUAUGACCGGGAAGUAGUUAGAGUUUGGUUCUGCAAUAAGAGGCAAGCACUGAAGAACACAAUUAAACGUUUGAAACAACACGAGCCUGCAACAGCAGUUCCUAUGGAGCCUUUAACAGACUCUCUGGAAGAAAACUCCUAAGAGCAAAACAAAAAAAGCCAAAUCACACAGAAAAAAAAAACCCCACACCAACUGAAACGUGUCCAUUUGAACUUUGUGAAAAUACCUAUUCAUCACCCUUGUAAGUAAAAGACUGAGAAAACUACAAGAAGGACAGAACAGUUUAUAAAUGUCCGUGGGUUUUCCUAUUAAAAAAAAAAAACUUUAAACAAAAAAAAUACACAACACUUAGAGUGUAUGUGGUAGAAUUAGUUCCCCAAAAAAACGAAAAAGCCAGUUUUUUUUAAUGGACUUAAAGUAAACCAAAUAACUGCUUAAUUUUUUCUGUAUAUUAUGAAAAUAUUAACACAUUUUAAGGAAAAACAAAACAAACAGCAACAAAAAAAAAAAACAACAAAAAACAAAGAAAGAAAAAAAGAAAAACAGAAAAAACUAUUAUCUGUUUAAAAGAGAAUACAAGCCUGCCACCUGGAGGAGUGAUUGUAGCCUUUCAGGUAUCAAGUGCUAAUUCACUAUGAAAUAUAUUAACCAAAGUCAGAAACAUGGCAUUGCAAACUAGAUUGUUAGUCUACUCUUUUAUGAGUGUAAAAUUGUGUUACAAAUUUUUACAUUUGUAUUUUGCAAAGAGGAAUACAGGAUUAAUUUCUCUCAUCCUUGUUUGUACUCCCUGCAGGUGUGUACAAAGCCAUUCCGUAGUAGUCACCUCACUUUCUUUUCUUUUAGUCAACAGUUUUGUAAUCUCCUAAUGUUUGGGUGCCAAAAAUUUUUGGGGGUUGGUAUUUCUCUUCUAAGGGUGUAUAUCUUUGUUUGCAUUUAUUUUUCUGGUUUUUUUCCUGAUUCUGUUUGCUGCCUCCUCCCUUCCAGCUCAUUCCCCACCCCUUCCCCAAGCCCCCCAAACCCAGUACUGUUUGAAGAAUUUUAAAAAGAAAACUGAAAUCUGAACACUUUUAUAUGCUGGAAUGCAAUGAGGACAAAGAAGGAUUAGGAUUAUAUCUGACAGACUUUCAAGCCCACACUGAACAUUGUGCUUUUUGUUGAAUGUGUAGCUUGAGAUUUCUCUGUCCUUUGGCCGUGAACCUGAAGAGGUUACCAAAACUCAUUUUGUAGUAUAAAUAUAAACUGCACACUUGGUACAGUACUGCAUCUAUAUUAUGGUUCCAUUUGAAGCAAUUUCUCUCCAAAGCCUGCUAGCCAAAGAAAUUUCUUGAGGUUCUGAUGAAAACAAAUGGACAGCCUGAGAAGUGAUGAGGAUGUUUUGAUCGUUACAUCACUAUAGACAAUUUUGAUGGUAGUGUUUUGUUCCUUCUGGCUUUUUUUAAUGCCAUAUUGAUGCUUGCCCUGUUGACUUCUUUAGUAGGAGGAUGUGCUUCUGCAGGUGCUUGCUGUGGCCAGUGGCUAGACUAAGCAAUUGGGACAUAGAGAAAAACACUGAAUGUCUUUUGAUAAUAUAAGGUAGAUUACCUGCAGUAUGAUUCAGGUGAACUGAUUUUUCUUUAAAGACAGUUUAUCUCUGUGGCUUCCUUUCUGAUUAGACAAGCAUCUACUAAAAUACUGUGAUCAUUGGACCUACAAGCAUACCAAGGCUCAGAGGCAGAGAAAGAUGUUGCAGGUUCUUGAUGAGGUGUGGUCUGUCCUGUGAAGGUCACCUGCAAUCUUCAUCUUCUGCUCAGUUAUGCUCAAGCCUUUGGGAUUCUGUCUACCAUUAGGGUAGAAUGAUCAGGUCUUCCCUAAAGAUAACAUCAGAUAAUUGGUUCAGCUCACUGUGGAGAGGGUAAAAUUCUGAUGGUAUAACUCCUGAUUGCAUUCCGUGACCUCAGAAUGGUUGUGCUGGAUUUUUGGUGGUCUGCCUAGGAUGUGGAAAGUUUCUGAAGUGCUGGAGUCUUCAAAUAACACCUCUCUUACUGAAGAAUUUUCGAAAACUCCAGGCUAUAUCCAAAAUUUAGUGAAAGAAAUAGACUUUCAUUGAUUUCACUAUGCUUUGAAUCUGGCCCUCAGUAUUUUAAUAAUGGAAUUUGCCUUGUAAAGUGGAGUAUUUAUUGUAUGGUUGGUGGAGCUUUAAGAUUUCAGAGACCAUCAUCUGGGCCAGAAGCUGCUUCUAAGUGUCAGCACUCUCAGAGGUCAGUGUUGGAGCACACUGAAGAUCCAGUACUCCAGGAUGAACUCAUGUCCAGCAAAUGUAUUUUAGACUUCAUGCUCCAGCAGGGUAUGUUUAGGAUAUUUUCAGUCUUGCUUUUAUGAGGAGGAGAGUGACAAUUUUUAUGGACUCUUUUUCAACUGUUCAUAUAAAUGCUGGGGAAAAAAAACACUUCAGUAACCACUGGCAAAUUGAGAGGGACAAAAUAGAUGCUUUGUCCAAGCUCAGCAUGUAAAUUAGAGAGUCUCACAGCAACAUCUCCCCUCUAGGUUUUCUUUAUACCCUCUCUCUCCAUAGACACCUAUAUCCUCAGAAAUAUCUAUGUAGCCUAUACCAAACAGCUCUGAAAUUGUCACCACUGUUCAAUCUAGAUAACGAUCAGAGCACCAUUCAGAAGCCAACAGGAAAGCAAGGAUGAAUAAAUCAUAUUUGGAAGCAGUUACUCCUGAAAUCCUACCCAUGUCUCCUGAACACUCCUAAUUGCCCAGUCAUUAAUGCCACAUACACAAUUACAUGUUCAGUCAUCCUUAAGGCCAUACCCUCCCCCACUCCAUCCCCACCAUCAACAGCCUGGGAACAAAACCACCAACCAUUCAUUGCCUCAAAACUAAAUUUCCAAUUCUCCCAGGGACUGCUCUAAAUUCUGUGAAGAAAAAUCCCCCAAGAAAAAAAAGUUAACUAAACACUGUAUGAAAGAUACUAAAUGUUUAAAAAUAUGCUGGCAGCAGUUAUAUAAGCUCUUUUCUGUUCCAAAGUACAUAUCGGAAGGAUAUAACUAGGACAGUGAAAAUGUAAAAUAAAUAUAAAUUGCCAGCAUGGAAGAAAAAAUAAUGUUCAUCCCACAGACUUAAAAUCAUUCAUGUGCAGUGAUU